UUCAGUCGCAAUAAUUCGCAGCUAUAUAGAAUUGUAUAGAAUAAGUUAUGAAUUAUAGCUUUAAAGAAAGUGUUCGUGAAAAUAUAUUGCAAAAACGAGAACAAAAGAUAAAAAUCGUAUUAAAAUAAAAAUUCAAUUUGCAUUAAAGUUUUUUUUUGUGGUGUGUGUUUAUUUUAAAUGAUGGCCUAAAAUGGCGGCUAAACCACCAAAGCCGCCAGGAUUUUUAUUAAAACGUAGCAAUAAUGACGAAAGUGGCAGCGAAAGAAAUUCUAAUAAUUGCAAUAACAGUAAUAAUAACGGUAAUAAUAUCCAUAGAGUUAAUGGUGUCAAUACUCUAAGCAAUAACUAUAAUUAUAAUAAUAGUAGUAGUAAUAACAGUAACAAUAACAAAUGUUCAGUGAAAAAUAAUACUACGGAUUCUAUACCAAAUAAUUCAAAUAUAACAACAACGAAUAUAGCAAAAGCAAACUGUAAUUGCACAAAUAUAAGUAUUAUGCACUUAUUUCAUGAAAUGAAACAAGAAUUUCCAACCAUACCAGAUACAAUAGUGACACAGUGCGUGAAUGAGAACUGUCAUCAACGUGAUAAUUGUAUACAAAUGUUGCGUAAUGAAUUGGCUGCAAAUCCGAUGCCAGCCCAAGCAUAUCCAGCUAAAGUACUGCAACAACAAAGACAACAACAAGUGAAAUUGCAAACGCAACACAGUUUACAGAAACCACCCACACCCUUAAAACCAACACGUGCAGCACCAACGCACCCGCCUAUUGUAGCGACGAAGCCCACAAAAAACCUACAAUUGACCCAAACGUCGUCCAGAACGAAAUUCAAUAAUUCCCACAAUCCUGUGGAGGUAAAAAAUUGUGAUAGUCAUAGUGCUAGUGCUAGUGAAAUAACAAAUAGCAACAAAGUUAAUAAGAAAUUCAAAGAUGUUUAUAAUUCAAAUAGUGUAAUUACACAGAAUAGUGUCGGUGAAAGUACAAGUGAUAUGCCAGCAAUUACAAAAACAAUAACACCGACACAACGCGCAUUAACGAGUGUAAAUAGUGUGAGUGAUAUGCAAGAAUGUUCUAAUUAUGAAACAACAAAUAAUACGGCAACACCAACAGCCAAUAAUAAUAAUAGUAAUAAUAUUAAUAAUAACAAUAAUACAGCGGUAACAGAAAUCCCAUUUACACCACCACAACAUCCACCUCGCGCUCGUCCAACAACAUUAAAUUUGCAAACUCAGCAACAGCGCCAACAGCAACAGCAACAGCAACAACAGCAGCAACAAGUUCUCGAACAAAGACAACAACUACAUGUACAACUACAACAGCACAUACAGCAACGCAAUCAACAGCAGCUGCUACAACAGAAGCAACAAUCGCCUCUACCACACAGACCACUAAGAAAAGCACCAUUACCUCCUAUACCACCAAAACCUUCGCAACUUACCUCGAACAAUGCUGUCAGUCCACAAUUUCACCACAAUAGUUCACUACAUUCUCAGCAUAGUAGCUUUUCUAACGAAUCAUCAACUCUCACCAGUCCGAUAAGCUCAGGCGAGUCAGAAAUAUCAGUAAAUGUUUCGUUAUCGUCGCCAACAGCUCACCAACACACACCACACAAUAACAAUCAGCUCAAAUCUCCCAUACGACAUCGUUCAGUUAUUACUGUACAACCCGAACCACCGUACACACGCGAUUUUCUUGUCUCUCCAACGUCAAGUAAUUGUAGCGGCAUUAAUAAUAGUCAGAAAAGUUAUACAACGGUUAAUUUAACUUUACGACAACCAAGCGCAUCCGUGCCACAAUCAACUAUCGAUAUAUCUGCAGGCCCAGCACUAAACGGUAACGGCACCGGGCUAACGUAUUCGAGUACGUCGUACGAUGCACGUCGCGGUUAUCAAAAGAACUUUCAUAUAACGGUCACCGACGAAGGGGGUGUAUUUAGUGCAAGUCGCAUUCGGCCACGAAGUUGUGUCUAUCCAGCAGAGGAGGAAGAGAACGAUUCAAUAACUGGUAACGGUGGUGUGAACCCAUUACGUACUGCCUCCUCUGAGCAUAACGUUCUAGACGCCGAACAACAACAACUAUAUCAGUACACUAAGCAACAACAAAAACACAAUCAAAUGCAAUUACAGCACAGCACUGUGGCAAUCGGUAAUGCGCAGUUCAACGAUAUGUGUUUGUCUAAGGAAUUUGAUGGUUCUUACAAAACAAUUGAGCGACAAAAGUCCAAAAGAGAUAAAUUAGCAACAGCUCUGCGUGAUAAUAAGAAGAGACUUCAACAGGUUGAACAGGAAAUAAAUUUAUUAACAGAGCAAAUUAGUCCUGGCCUAACCGAAAGACUGGAUAGCGAUAUACAAAGAUUACGUUCUGAUUGUCAGGAUAUGUUAAAUGAAAUAGAAACAAAACGAGGUCCAAGUGUAACGAAUAAUCCAAAUUGUGUAAGUAAUUUCGUAAAUAAUGGAUCACAAUCACAAUUACAAUCACAAUCACAGCAACAAAUUCAACCUCAACCAUUCCCACGGCAGCGACCAUCGCGACCACCGCCUAUAGCAGGCAUAUUAAAUCAACAACAGCAUUUGGAUUUUGUGCAACAUCACAGCAAUAGCUCGACACCCACUGGAGUAGCCUAUACAAGUCCAUUAACAACAACACCAAUCAUAAAUACACCAAACUCACUGCAACAACAACAACAACAAAUAGCAACUCCACUUAUGUCGCAAUCACCACUUACAUAUGAACAAUAUUAUCAAUUGCAACAGCAACAACAACAGCAGGAGCAACUGCAACCGCUACAACAAAAUCAACCGCAUUACACCGAUGAUGAAGAUUAUAGUGAUUACAAUACCGAUGAUAAUGAGGAAGAGGAACCGCUAGAAAUGUGGGCCUGCAAUAUGUGUACAUUCCGUAAUCAUCCGCAACUGAAUAUGUGCGAAUGUUGUGAAAACGUCAGAAUUUUACCGCGUACGUUAAGAAUUUCACCAACAACCAUUGCAAAUACUGAUUCUGCACUUAGUGCUGUUAAUAUGAAUGAUGCUAUUAACAAUAACAACACACACAAUAGCAGUGGCAAUCUAAUACGUGGUAUUGGUAUUAUAACACCUACCAAUGGCAAUGUUACUAAUGCCACUGCUAAUGUUGCGAAUUCUAAUACUAGCUUAGAGAAUGAUGCUAAUCUAACUCAGCAACAAUUACAACAAUUUGCUCUGCAUACGUGAUGUAAUAUUUAUGUUUUUAUGUUGUUAUUGCUUUAUUACUCUAAUGUUCAUUUGCAAGUACGAGUAUAUUUAUAAUUUACUUAUAUUAUUUCUUAUGUAUCUUUAGUAAGUUUUUAUAGUUUUGUAUAUUGUUGUUUUUAAUAAGAAGAUGUUUAAUAUUUGCAUGUGUAAGUUAAGUUUUUAUUUUUUUAAAACUAAUAUCACUUAUUAAAAUGUAAGAGAUAUGUUAGAUAAUUUUUUUUUACGCGUCAAAAAUGUCAAUGCUCCAAUAUUGAAGAUUAUAUAUUAGUUAUAUUGAAUCUUUCAAUAUGGCUACAUCUUGCAUAAUGUUAAAUUUAGGACAGACUUGUCUCGAUUUGUGACUCCAGUUAUUUUCUUUGGUGCCACUUGUUAAUUUUAAACAUUAUUUUUGGAUUUCAUUCUAAGUUAGUAAAGUAACUUAUCUAACAUUACAAUAUUAUGAUAAGAAAAUAUAUAAAAAGAUGCGAUUUCCUUUAAUAUCUGAUAAAUAUAAUACGAUAAAAAGAAACGAUAUCUUCUUAAAAAGUUGCGUUUUAUUUGAGAAUGCUUGUUCGAACUCAAGUAAACUGUAGUAUAUUUUGUUAGUAAGUAAACAGUCCAACUAUAAGUAACAACUAAACAGUCUGGAGUAUACUAGGUAGCAAUUUAAUAAUAAUUAGAAAUUCACUCAAAUGUUUCGCUAAAUUUUCGAUCAUUUUUAAUUGGAGC